GGCUGAGGAGAGAGCGAAACCUGGGAUCCCGCGAAACAAAGGAGAGAGAGAGAGAGAGGGAGGGAGGAGAGAGAGAGAUCUGGCGAGUUGGUUAAUUUCCGUUAAGUGGUAGAUGAACAAUGAGUGAGAGAGGGGCAGCAACAACAAUGGUGUCCGACCAGGCCAUAGCCGAGUCCUUAGAGUCUCUCCUCCGCGAAACAAACCCUAGAACCACCCUAACCUCAUUCAACAGCGUCGUCCAGCACCUCGAGUCCAAGCUAGGCUUAGAUCUCACCCACAAGCUCGACUUCAUCCGCAACCACAUCCACCUCCUCUUCAACCCCAACCCCAACCCCAACCCCAACCCUCCUCCGUCGCACCACCACCACCACCACCACCAAAACCCUAAUUUCCACGCCGCUUCGUCCCAAAACCCUAAUUUCCAUGGUGGGUUCCGGCCGCCGCAACCGCAACCGCCGCUACCGGAGGCGAAGCCGGAACCCAAUUUCCACGGCGAGCUAGGUUUCCGACCGCCGCUCGUGGUGGCAAAGACAGAACCCUGUGUUUCUGACGUCACUACCUCGGGUUCUGCUACCACCGCUGCCGACCCGGCUGAAAGCCCCAAAGAGAGUUCUCAAACUGGGAGAAAGAGAAGAGGUGGCCCAGGGGGGCUAAACAAAGUUUGCGGGGUUACCCCUGAACUUCAGGCCAUUGUCGGGCAUCCAGAACUGCCUAGGACUGAGAUUGUUAAGCAGUUGUGGGCUUACAUAAGGAAACACAAUCUUCAAGAUCCAGGCAACAAAAGGAAGAUAAUUUGCAACGACGAGCUGCGUUUGGUCUUUGAGACAGAUUGCACGGACAUGUUCAAGAUGAAUAAGUUGCUAUCUAAACAUAUUAUUCCCCUUGAGCCUACAAAACCGCCUAAGAAACCAAAAAUGGUAGUGGAACCAGGGACAAAAAGUUCCGAAUCUGGUGGUCCUGUUGUGAUGAUAUCUGAAGCACUUGCAAACUUUUUUGGUAUUGCUGGAAGGGAAAUGUUGCAUUCUGAGGUUUUAAGACGUGUUUGGGAGUACGUAACAGUCAAUCACCUCGAGGUUCAUGUUAGUCUAACCUGCUGCGUUCGAAGUCUGCUGACAUAGUGACAAAUACUUGUCGCUACCUCAAAAGGUUUAUUUGGCUCUGCUUUGGUUGUUUGUAUGUAAUGUUCUUCUGUUAGCUGGGUAAGUUGUGAGUACAAUGGGCUUAUGGUGAAUUAUGUAUGUGUCACCACUGUCCUAUGGUUGUGAUUUUCUUAUUGACAUAAUUAGGCUUACGUCUUCUGUUGGAAUCUCUCUAACAUGUGUAAAUUGCCGGCAAUAGGAAAACAGGAAUUAGUGUGAAGGAUGACAUGAACCCUUUUCUGCUAUCUUGUAAGACACUAUUAGCUUUAAGAUCUUCAGCUUCUUAGUUGUUCA